GUUUUUAUUAUAAUUUGUAAUGAAUUAGUAAAACACUACAAAUGCCUUCCAAUUGUUAUUAUUAUUAUUAUUUUGUUUGUGUUUAUAAUAAUUAUAAUUAUUAGCCAAUAAUUGAUUGAUUGUUGUUAUCGUUGAAUGUGAAGAAACCAUUUGGCAAUGUCUUCACGAUCGUCUCAGUACGUGGAAGUGCAGCUCGAGAUCGGACACAGAGCCACACCUAAGACAGUAGUCGCCGAAGAAGAUGGACACACACAUGACUGGACAGUCUUCGUGAGGGGACCGGAGAAGAGCAGUAUCGAGCACUUCGUCGAGAAAGUCAUCUUCUAUUUGCACGAAUCGUUCCCAAAGCCGAAGAGAGUGGUUAAAGAGCCGCCUUAUCAGGUGUCAGAGUCUGGAUACGCGGGCUUUGAGUUGCCCGUCGAAGUGUACUUCAAAAACAAAGAGGAACCGAAAAAGAUUGCCUUCGACUACGAUCUAUACCUCCGUUUGGACGACUCGGUCAGUCACAGUCGUCGGGAGAAACUGACGUUUCAGAAUCCCAGCAAUGAUUUUAAGAAAAAGCUGCUAAAAGCCGGCGGAGUCACCAAUGAAACGAGCGGUCCAUCAGUCAAGACAUCCUCGCAUUCAGACGACAAACAUCUACAACAACAGACUUCAUCUAAAGAUACCACAAAUACUAAUAACAAUACUAAUACAACAACAACUACUACUACUAAUAAUAGUAAUAAUAAUAGCAAACAUAAGGGCAGUCUAGCGACCAGUGACGGCAAAAAGUCCAAAACGUUGGGUGUUAUCCCAUCGAAAGACAAAUCAUUGAUUAAAUCACAAAACGCGACAACGAUUACACAGCCAACGAAUCCGCCGCCGGUUGCCGACAAACAAAUCAAACCGCCUAAUAAACAGUUUACCGACUUAUUUGGAUCACCCAUUCAAGCCAGACCCGAUUCAAUUGCCAAAAGCAAAGACAAUUUAUCAAAAACAAAAUCAACAGAAAUUGCUUCCAAGAGCUUAAAGAAUAGCGAAUCUUCUAAAUCUUCACACAAAAAAUCUGAAAAGAUUUCUUCACAAUCGUUAUCACCAAAUCAUAAAUCAAUUGACAUUAUUAAGUCAUCGAAAGAGUUAACGACAAAAGAUAAGAAGGACAAGAAAGAGCCGAAAGACUCGAAGACGACGACUAAAGAGAGUAUAAAAUCGAAACGAGACGACGAUUCGAUAUCGAUUAGUAGUAGUAAGUCGAAGAAGAAUCGUUUGUUAUCACCGAAAGCCUAUGAGCCGAGCGAUAAAAAAUCCGAUAAGAAAUCAUCGGAAUCCAAGUCAACAAAAAAGCGACGGAACAGUACGUCUUCUAAUUCGUCGUCAUUAACCGCCAGCAGUUAUGGCGGCGGAGGAACAGGAAUUGAAUCCAAGUCACACACAAAAGAUCCACAAAAGUCGUCGAACUCUAAUAAUAAAGACAAAGAUAUUAAAAAGGAUAGCAAAAGACAGAAAGUUUUAUCAAAAGAUAGCAAUACAUCGAGUGGACGAAAGAAAGAGAGUUCGACGUCAACUAAAAUCAGUUUCAGUGAUAAUAAUACUAACACAACGAUUGAGAUUAAAUCAAUUAAAAAAGAGAAAACAUGGGACAAAUCGCGGAGUAAAGAAUUUAAAUCAGCUAAAGACAAGCCAACAGUCAUUAGCAGCAACAACAACAACAUUAGUACUAACAAUACCAGUGCCGGCUCUUUACUCAAUUCCAGUAAAUCCAAGAUUAAGUCCGAACCAAAUAGCAUUAAGUCUUCCAAAGUUAAUGGAAAUAAAUACACGAAAGCAUCGAAAGACAAGUACGGAUCCUAUAAUAAUAAUAUUAAUAAUAGGGAAAGGAGUUCUAGUCCAUCAUCGUCAUCGUUGAAAUCACCGAUCAAUGAAAGAGACAAUCAGAGGACAGCUGCUUUUGAAUCGAACGAUUCCAUGUCUCCCCCGUCUAGUGAUAAUACCUCGCCAAUUGGUAUUAUACCGAUUCGACCAAAUCGUAAACCUGAGUCCAACCACAACAAUAGGUUAUUAUCGUUAAACUCAUUGGAUUCCAGUGACGACGAUGCGAUCACAAAGUCGUUAAACACAUCAACAACAACAUCGAAGUCAUCGAAACCCUAUACGAACAGUAAAAAUGAAUCCAAAGAGUUUGAUAAAACAACAAAUUCAAACAAACGAUUAGAAACAACGACACAACAACAACAACAACAACAUAAUUCACAGCUGCAGUCAUCACUGAAACGGAAAAAAUCUGAAUUUCAAUCUAAAGAACAACAACAGCCUAACAAACGAUUAUUGGACAACAAUUUGUCGUCGAUAGCUAAAAGUGAUCGAUUGUUGACCACCGUUGCCUUGUCGUCGCCCGAUUACGACGAUUCGGUUCGAUUAAACGAUUUAAUGGACGUUCAGAAACGUAUUAAUGAAUCGACAAACAGUGAUCUCUUGCAAAAGAUUGUCGACAUUAUUGAAGAGUCGGGCAGUUUCUCAUUAACCGAUUCGACGUUUGACUUUGAUUUGAUGCGUUUGGAUGACAAAACUGUCCGUAAAUUGAAGUCAUAUUUAGGUUGAAUAAGUGAUGGACACAACUAACUAACAAAAAAUAAAUGGUAUGCAUUCGCUUCCAUAUGCAAUACAUGUGUGAUAUAUAUAUGAUAUUUAAUGUAAAAAACAAAAUCCAAUAGUGAGUGGAAAGUUGUUUUUUUUGUUGGGAAAACUACUGUACAAAUCAAAUGAAGUCUUGAAACUGUUUAUUGGAUUUUCUAUUAGACUAAAUCCGGACAAUUGAUGUAAAGUUUUUGUUGUUGUUUUUUUUAGGAUCAAUUGGUUAUAAUUAUUAUUAUAAAAGAAUGUGUAAAUUUCAUAAAUUAAUUUAAAAAUUUAGGGCCAAAUGUUAUUUAAUUAUUAUUUUUUUAGGACAAUUGAUGAGUUAAAUAAUAUUAAUAGUUAUUUGAUAUUAUUCAUGCAAUGCUUAUAAUUAGUUUAAUUUUUAAUAAUAAUGAACUUACGGUAGACUUA